AUGGUGGUCAGAUGGAAGUCCUUCGUGCCCCUAGCGUGGUGCGCUGUGGUGGGAUACGCGGCGGCCGCCUACUUGAUCGGUGGCCCGGACAUGCGACUGGCCCCGCUGAACUUGAUGCUGCUCGCCUUCCUCGCGACAGCGACGUGCCGGUGGAAGCGGAGCUCCGAGCUCCAGACCCGCCUGCUGCACCUGUCGCACCUGCGGGAGAAGGGGCUGCGCUUCUCGGCCGAGUUCUCGGCGCAGCGCCUGCAGGACCGACAAGCAGGACGUGGAGUGUCACGGUGGGGACCCUUCGUGGGUGCAUGCCGCCGCCGGCGACUGCGGAGCUGGCCCCGCGGCGGCGGCGGAAGUGGCCUCGCUGCGCUCCGAUCCGACGCGCCUCUGAGUGCGCCCGCCUGGCUCGACUCCGCCGCCGCAGGGUGCGCGGCGGGGGCCUGCCCCGCCAGACGGGAGGCUGGCGGCGGGGCCGACGCGGAGGCCGCCCCGGGUGGCAUGGACUGCCUGCCGUUGGACGCCGGCCUGUGGGUCGAGGGCCGGUCCGAGCCGUGCGCGAUCAAGGAUCGGACCUCGAGCAGGGCCAGCGCGUGCUGUGCUACGACUCGCUGGGGCGGUCCGUGA